AUGCCCCACGCAACGACGCUGUCAGCGCCGCCUAAGGUGGUCGAUGUCGCUAUAAUCGGUGCCGGUUGGUAUGGCCUUGUGGCCGCUCGAACGUACCUGAGACUUGAACCUGAUACCAAUAUUGCGAUCAUCGAGUCAGCCAACUCUGUCGGCGGAGUAUGGAGCAAGGAUCGCAUCUAUCCAAAUCUGGUAGCUCAGGUCAAGCAUGGCCUGUUCAAUUACACAGAUACUCCAAUGCCCAAAGAGGGAGCAACGAAGAACGAUCUUGUGACUGGAUACAUGAUUCAGGAUUACUUGGAGAAGUAUGCUCGGGAUCAUGAUCUUCUUCGCCGGAUCCAGUUCAAUAACUGGGUCGAGAAAGCUGAGCGGUGCCCUCGUGGAUGGCGCCUUCGACUCAAAGGCUCCGGCAAUAUCAUCGAGACUGCGAAGCUAAUGGUAGCUACCGGCGUCACAUCCAUCCCCAACAUGCCCGAGUUUGACAUGUCUGAGGCUUCAAUACCCUUGACUCACUCCAGAGAUCUCGGUGCAUCAGUCGAAGAUCUCAAGUCGGACGACGUUCAAAGCGCUGUCGUUGUUGGAGCUGCCAAGUCUGCCUAUGACGCCGUCUACCUGCUCCUCUCGAUGGGAAAGAAAGUGACGUGGCUCAUUCGACCCGAUGGCUCCGGACCAAUGCCCAUCCUCCCCACCGAAAUGUUUGGCUGCAACAGCAUCGCCGUUGGUUCAACUCGUCUGAUGUCUUACCUGAGCCCUUCGAUUAUCAACAGCACGGGCCCUAUCUGCUCCUUCUUCCAAAGGACUGCGAUUGGACGGUGGAUCACUGGUGCAUUUUGGGACAAUACUACCCAUAUGAGUGAGAAGGACGCCGGUUUCGCGAAAGGGGAUCAUAUUGCCGCUCUGAAGCCCGAAGUGAAGGAGAAAAGUGCCUUCUGGUGCAAUUCCGGACUUGGCAUCGUCACCAUUCCAGAUUUCUGGCCAACGCUUCACGGUGGCGACCUGAAAGUCGUCCGUGACAACAUCGAUAGCGUCAAAGGCGACUCAUUGCUUCUACAAUCCGGAGACGUGCUCCAUGCCGAUUACAUCGUCUCCUGCACCGGAUGGGGCGACCACUUCGGCAUGUUCGACGCCGAGCUGAAAACCGAGUUGGGUCUUCCCGCAUUCGCAAACACCCUCCCCGGAGGCCGAUCGAAGGAAGAUAUCGCGUGGGAAAAGCACGACGUCGCCGCGACCAAGACCGUCGACGAACGACUGCCCUUCCUGGCCCAAGGCCCCGAGCUCAAAACCCCAAAGGCCAACGACGCCUCCGCCCAGCGCCGCUGGCGGCUCUACAAGCGCGCCGUUCCCCUGAACCUGGCGCUGAAGGACGACCGCUCCCUCGUCAUCCUCGGCCAGAUCCACACGAUCCAGACGCCCAUGGUGUCGGAGAUCCAGUCCUUCUGGAGCAUCCUCUACCUCCUCGGCGAACUCGACCUCCCCGACGAAGCGACCAUGACGCGGGAGAUUGCCGAGUGGAACGUUUGGACCCGGAAGCGGUACAUCAGCCAAGGCCAGAAGUUCCCGUACUGCAUCUUCGAUUUCUUGCCGUAUCUGGACGGCCUCUGCGAGGACGCGGGCAUCAAUCCGCGCCGCAAGGGGAAUUUCCUCUCGGAGCUCUUCUCGCCGUAUCGCCCGGAGGAUUUCCGCGGCUUCGUCGAUGAGUAUCUCGCCAAGCGGCCGCCGAGGAAGUCGCUCGAUGACGGGUCGUCGGUUGGAUCGGGGUGA